AUGGACACCCCAAGGACAAACCUGGGCGAUGCCACCUUCCUAGGCCGCCCGCCACCAGAUUUCGACAUGACCCAGGAGCCAUCAUUCCAGUCGCCUUCGAAAGACAACAACCUGCUCCAGCAGCUGCGUGCUGGACGCGGCCCCAGCCUGCGCACUCCUCGCGGAAGCCGUGCUCCUCUGGGCAACAAGCAGAACCUUCCAGUAGGCCUUGGCGGCGCAGAGUUCACCCCGAUGCUCAAAUCCGCGACACGCAACAGUCGACGCGGUGGCAAGGAAAACUCUCACGCCCUCGCGACACCAGCUCUGGGCAGAGCCGGCGAGGACAUGGAUGUCACAAACGUGCCCAUCGAGUCCUCCCUGUACGGUGCUUCCAGGUCAUACGUGGAGAGAACACCAAUCCCCCAGGUCGACGAAGAUACCUCGGCAUCCACACCUCUGGUCAUGCCGCAACGACGUGGUGGCGAUAAGGGCCCGCUACAUGACGGCAACCAGUUGUCCUUGCGCGAGCAGGAGAACGUGAUAGAUCGAAUUGAGAAGGAGAACUUUGGCCUCAAGCUCAAAAUUCACUUCCUGGAGGAAGCCCUUCGCAAAGCUGGUCCGGGCUUCAGCGAGGCAGCGCUAAAAGAAAACACAGAACUCAAGGUCGACAAGGUCACCAUGCAGCGCGAUCUGCAGAAAUUCAAGAAGCAACUGGCCAGUGCGGAGAAGGACCUUGAGACCUAUCAACAACAAAUAUUAGACGUCCAAGCGAAGGCGAAGAAGAAGUAUGCCAACGAGAAUCAGCGAGAAGAGAUCGAACAGCUGCAGCGCUCACUCGAAGACAAGGAGGCCGACAUCGACGACCUCCGCCGGCAGUUGGAACGCGACAGCCAAGACCGGGCCAAGAUCGAGCAAUACCAGGACGACAUCGCAGAUCUCGAAGCAGAUCUCCGAGCAAAAGAUCGCGAAAUCAACGACCGUGAAGACGAGAUCGAGGAAGCCAAAAACAAACUUGAAGAGGCCCAGGAGCGAAUCGCGGAGCUCGAAGAGCGGGAGAGCCAGCCCAAUGCCGACCAAGGCAAGAUCGAAGAGCUGCAAGAGAGGAUACGCGACUUGGAACUCGAUCUGCGCGAGAAAGAAAACGAGGCCAACGAGAGGGACGAAGAACUGAACGAUUUCGAACGAAAGCUUGACGAAGCCGAGCAGAGGUACAAAACUGCCGAGGAAAAGCUUGCUGCGAGCGAAAUCGACAAUCAUGCAAGCGAAGAGCUUGCGGAGGCCAAGGAUACAAUCGAGGACCUCGAGGCAACCAUUCGCAAAUUGGAAAGAGAAAACGACGACCUUCAGGAACGGUUUCAAGAGGCAAAUGCGGACAAGAAUCGCGCAGAGGCUGACCUCGAGGAGUUGCACGAAGAGAUGGCCAACAAAUCCGUCGUCACGAAAGGACUUUCACGCCAAGUCGAGGAAAAGACAGUACGCUUGCAGUCGGAGCUCAGUAGAGCCGAAGAAAAGGUCGCGCAGUUGGAGAAGCAACUUGCGGACUCGGCAAUGGCGAGCUCACAACUGCAGGCGCGCGCCGAACGCUACGUACAACAACAAGAGUCUUGGGACUCUGAGAAACGGGCUCUUGCACUGGCCAAGGAAGCCGCCCAGAAUGAUCUCAGAGUGCGCACAGACGAGAAAAACCUGCUACAGCUCCGUGUAGAUGCCCUGAGCGAUGAGUCCGCGUCCCUACAACGUGACGUGGCCCGUCUGCAGAGGCGGACCGAAGAGCUGGAGGACAGCUUGGAGCAGGAGCGAGAUCACGCACUGCAGAUGGACCGUGAUGCCCGGAGCAAACACAAGGCAGAGGUCGAUCGUCUGAAUGAUGAUAUUGCGGACCUCAAGGACGAGAUCCAGCACCUUCGGAAGGAUGCCUCUGGCGACAAGACUUCGUCUUUGGAGCGGGAAAUCACAAGGCUCCAGAAUCGGAUAAAGGAGAUGGAUGCCACACUCGACUCCGAGCGCUCCACUGCACGGACACGAGAGUCUUCUGCCAAUGAGGAAGCUGCUUCCCUCCGCCGCGAAGUCUCGCAUUUACAACAGCGAAUCGCCACACUCGAGACUGACCUCGACUUCGAACGAGCCACUGGACGCACAAACCACACUGCAAGCCCCACAAAGUCAGGCGACGACACUACUGCCUUGCAGCGCGAAGUUUCUCGUCUCCAGGGCCAGAUCAGAGAUUUGGAGCUCACCCUCGACCAGGAGAAGAGCCACGGACGGAAGAUAGAACAAGACGUCCGAGCUCAGCUCAAGUCAGAGAUUGAUCGAUUGCAUGGCGAGAUCUCGACUCUUCAAGCCGAUAUCCGAACCAAGGAUAACGAGUUCGACAACGCUAUGGAGAAAUGGGAAAUCGAGCGACGCAGCAUGGAAGCGCAGCGCGACCGUGUGGAGGAGAGGGCUUCCGGCUUGCAGCGCACCAUUGAUAGGCUACGGGACUCGGAAGGCACACUUUCGAACAAUGAGAUGAGACUACAAGGCGCCCUUACAAGCGAAGCGGAGCGUCAUCAGAUCGAGGUUGAUGCCUUGAAUCACCAGGUCGACUCACUUCGCGCAGAGCUCGAAACCCGGCAGUCGCUGUUGACUUCGUUGCGAAAUGAGCUGUCUGGUCUACGUGCGGACCUUCGCAAGAGUCAGCUCAACAACCAAGCUCAAGCUGAAAAGAUUGAAGCUCUGGAAGAUGAGGUAGAAGUCCUGCAAGCGACGCUCGACGAAGAGUCCGAAGAUGCCGCCAGCAGGUUGCGGGAGGCUGAUCAGAUGUGCCUCGAUCUUAAGCGACAGCUCGACCAGCUGCGAAGGGAGCAGACCCAGGGGUCCAGUCGGGCGCAGCAUAUGGAAGAUGCGAACCGAGCCUCGGAGAAUCUGCGGCUUGAGCUAGCAGAGGCACGCGAAGAGCUUGAGGCUGCCAUGCUGCAAAUUGAUCAGCUGCGCCGACAGCUCGAGCGCGCCAAGCAGAUGGAGUCCAAGCAGGCGGAUGAGAAGUUCUCCCAAACCACGCGAGAAUCUGAUGAUCUCAGGAAGCAGCUUGAGCGAGCCAACCGGACUGUCGAGAAGUCGUCAAGAAUAUGCGAAGAGCUUCGGCAGCAACUUGAUCAAGCGAACGCAGACGUCGCCUACUUGACGCCUGCCUGCAAAGAACUCCGCGCCAAGCUAGAUCGUGCCAGGUAUGAGCGCUCCGAAUACCGCGCAGCGGCCGAGAAACUGCAGCGAGACUGCGAACGCCUCAAGGAAGGCGCCAAGGAGGCUAUCGCGUGGAUCCAAGCGCGCAACGACGAGCCGCAGGCGAUCAUCGAGCCUUCGCCGGCCGCGGACGGGGCCAUCAAACGAGGCGCGCUUGCUCAGUUCCGCUAUGGCAAUGUGGUCAUGGAUGUCGUGGAUCAGCAAGAUCACGAAGCCGUCAUUCGCGCGGCCGAUGCCGCCUCCAAGAAGCACGCCCAGGAGCUCCGUGGCGUUGCGAUUCAGAUGCAGUGGAUGCAGGCUCGGUGGGAACGCGAGGUGCAGCUGCGGAACGACGCCGCGUUUGCAAAGAAGUACAUCUCCUUGCAGCUGGAGAUUGCUCAUGCUUGUAACAAGGCCGACCUCCGCAUCCUCACCCAAAUCCACAAGCAGCUGGGCAUCAAGUCGCCCGAAGCACUGCUGUCACACAGGAGACAACAGGAUGGCAGUCUGGUCAAGAAACCCACCAACAACCUCAAGGUCUUUGCCUGCCUCUUGCGGGCGGUCGCGCGCAUGCGCAUCAGUGCGAGGGACUGGGCCAAACAGGAGCAGACACGGCUCAAGCUCGUUGGGGCGCUCGAGGAGCACAGGCGGAGGAAGAAGACGGCCGCGUCCGCAAAGGUCAGGGAGACGGUGUCAUCUGCCUGA